AAUACCCCUCACAACAAGUUUCUGGGAGAGGUCUAACGCAAAAGCAAGUAGUAAACACUUGGACAAAGUCACGUCUAACGUAAACCUGUCAAUCCAGGUAGCUACUUUUCGUGGCACCACAUUAAAGGAAAGUGAGUAACACUAAUGAUAUCGAGAGGACUGAAUAGCUGGAAAUGCAAAGAAAAGGCAAAUACGUGAAAUCAGGGUAUCAGUUGUGUGAAAAGAUACUAUUUUCAAGACCUACAGAGAUAAAAAUUAUUCUCUGCAUUAUUCCGAUUAAGUUUUAGAUAUGCCACUUGGAGUGCAAAAGGUUACCAAGCUUUGGAGGUACUAGGGGAAUGUAAGUAGCAUUUUUUGGUUUCUAACUUUAUUAUAUGAGCGCAUCUAUAUGUUGCUGUAAGUCCCCUGAAGUAUACUGUUCUAAUGAAGUCCUGCCAUCUGCGUAAUGUCUCUGGUGUCGAAUGUGUAGGGUUAUUUGGUAGCCAUAUAAAGUUUAUUUGCUAUAUUGACUGAUAAGUCCCCAUUGGUAUUUUGUGUUCUUCGUCAAACUGCAAACUAUUUUAACAAGAUGUAAUGGCUUUUUUCAUAUUAAUCAGUGAUAUUAAAGUCAAUUUCCCACUCUUGCCUAACUUCACUUUUGUAAUGAAGCACUGGAAAACUAACGGUAACAUACUGAUUGACUUUCCAUUUAAGGCACAUUUGGUACUAACAUGACUAGCAGUCUUGUUCUAUGUCUGUAAGAGAAUUAGUCAAACAAUAAAUUCGCAUAUGGUUACUAUAUGUGCAUCCUCUGCUGCUCAGUAGUUAAAUCACCCUCUUUUCUAGAAGAGGCGUUAUUUUACUUUUUAUCAGCUCUACUCAAUCACGAAACAAUUCUCAAAGAGCUUUAUUUCAUGUAGAGAACCCAAAAAGUUUCUCUGAAGUUAUGGAAUUAUGAAUAGCUCUUGCUUUUGCAUAUUUCCAAGCAGAUUUGGUGUUUUACAUUUUGUAUAACAAAUUUCUGGCAUAUUCGUAAUUCAAUAUAUGGAAGCCAACAUAUUUUUGGAGAAAUAUCUUGUACAAACUUUAUUAAAACAGAAAUCACCAGUCUCCUGCAGUUUCAUUUACUAGAUCGUGAGCUACACCUUUAUCAUGUAACAAUGUUAUCUGGUUCCUUUAACCCUUGAUAAAAUGAAUCUUUGUCCAAACCGUAACACUAUGAUUGAAGUUUAAAUUCCUUAGUCUUAUGUCGAUUGGGUACUGUACACCAUAUCUCAUUAUAAUGACUAUAAGCCUCUCUGUUCUUGAGUCUUCUUGGGCUCAACGAGAUAAAAAUAAUGAAGCCAUUGUUAACGUGAGGAUUCGUUUGCUAUAAUUUUAUCAUAUUCACGGGCGCACUGUAAUUCAGAAUUUGAAUUUGUUCUACUAAAUUAUUCACAUUUGUAUGUUUAUUUGUUUAUUUAUAAUCAAACUUUCUUUUCCGCUAAGUUUUUCAUCCAAAAUGAGUGAACUGGAUCAGCUACGGCAAGAAAGUGAACAACUCAAAAAUAUGAUCAGGGAGGCCCGCAAAGCUGCAGCUGAUACUACUCUACUUCAAGCAUCUAGUAACGUGGAGCCCGUAGGACGAAUUCAGUUGCGUACUCGUCGUACUUUACGCGGUCAUUUGGCUAAAAUUUAUGCUAUGCAUUGGAGCACUGAUUCGCGCAAUCUUGUAUCUGCUUCACAAGAUGGCAAACUUAUAGUUUGGGAUGGGUAUACUACUAAUAAGGUUCAUGCCAUUCCUCUAAGAAGUAGUUGGGUCAUGACCUGUGCUUAUGCACCUUCCGGUAAUUAUGUCGCAUGCGGUGGUUUGGACAACAUUUGUUCCAUUUACAAUCUCAAAACACGCGAAGGGAAUGUACGUGUCAGUCGUGAGCUUCCAGGACAUACAGGAUAUCUAUCAUGUUGUCGUUUUCUUGAUGAUAGUCAAAUUGUGACAAGUUCUGGUGAUGUGACUUGUGGACUUUGGGAUAUUGAAACUGGGCAACAAGUUGCUACUUUCACAGGUCAUACAGGCGAUGUAAUGAGUCUUAGUUUAGCACCUGAUCUACGGACAUUUGUUUCAGGAGCUUGUGAUGCGUCAGCAAAACUAUGGGAUAUACGUGAUGGUCAAUGUAAACAAACGUUCACUGGACAUGAAUCAGAUAUCAAUGCAAUUAUAUUCUUUCCAAGCGGUUUAGCUUUUGCAACUGGUAGCGAUGAUGCAACCUGUCGAUUUUUUGAUAUUAGAGCUGACCAAGAAAUUGGAAUGUUUAGUCAUGAUAAUAUUAUUUGUGGAAUAACAAGUGUUGCUUUCAGUAAAAGUGGACGAUUACUACUUGGUGGAUAUGAUGAUUUCAAUUGCAAUAUAUGGGAUACACUUAAACAAGAACGUGCUGGUAUAUUGGCUGGACAUGAUAACCGUGUUAGUUGUUUAGGCGUGUCCGAAGAUGGUAUGGCAGUGUGCACAGGAUCAUGGGAUAGUUUUUUGCGAAUAUGGAACUGA